UGUGGAGUAUGGAGUUGCGUUAAAGUUGGGAUCAUGUGAUUUGGGCUUGGCAUAUUUUGCAGAUUUGUUGUCCUUGAUGGGUUUGCCUUUGCGGCAACCGCGGCCACCGGAGUCGAACGAAUGUUGUGCAACCUAUAACCUUCGAAUUCCAAGCAACUGACCGGCCCUGUUCCGGCCCGGUAUGGUCUGUCCGGAACCGGUCUGGUAAGUUUACCAUAGUUCUUCAAGUGGCAGUCAGCCCUACGGACCGGUGCGGAAGCCCAGCGGAUGUCUCAUCCAGAAGUCGGCAGACAAUGGGUGUACACAUAAGCCACUACCUUGGGGGCUUUCGUCUUGCUCUUCGACAGAGAGGUACCGGGAGGAGGCACAUUGGGUAAAUACUCUUCCUGUUAUCCCAGCACCUGCCCUACCAUACAAACCCUCAUUGUACCCAAACGCGCCAUCAUUCCGAUCAUAAACUGUAAGACACCCUGGAUUGGCAACAGAGGUCACGAUGGCCUCAAGAGUCGUUCUAAUUACUGGUGCCAACAGUGGAGUUGGCUACGGAGUGACCCAGGUGCUAGCCAGUGCUUCGGAGAAAUUCCAUGUAAUCAUGGCGAGCCGGUCACUCGAAAGAGCAACGAAGGCGAAAGCCGAGAUCGAGGCAUCAGGCAUCGAAGGCCGUCUUUCAACUGUGCAAAUGGACGUCACAGAUCCAGACUCGGUCGGAAAGGCUGCCGACAGGGUGGGCCAGGAGUUCGGCAAAGUAGACGUCUUGGUAAACAAUGCUGGCGUUGCAAGCAUCGACCAAGACGUCUUGACUAGGUUCCGGACGUGCUUGACCACCAAUGUGAUUGGAACAGCGUUGGUCACUGCUGCCUUCCGACCAUUAUUACUCAAGUCCUCCAAACCGACUUCAAUCUAUGUGAGCAGUGGCUCUGGAUCUUUGACCAGGACUGCCAACCUGAUGACCUCGAAACUCCCAAUCCCCGGAAGCACAGAUGCCUAUCAAGCAAGCAAAGCUGCUUUGAACAUGAUCGCGUUGCAGGAGCGUGCUGAUUAUCACGAACAAGGGCUCAAGGUAUUCAUCGUGUGCCCUGGCUUUGUUCGCUCAAACCUUCGUGGCACGAGCCCAGACCUCGUCAGCGGUUGGGGCCUUGCUAAGGAUCCUCGUACUGCCGGUGAGACCAUGUUGAGCAUUAUCCGUGGACAGCGGGAUGCGGAUGAAGGCAAAUUCAUUCACGAGGAUGGCAUAUAUCCAUGGUAGAUAGUGGUAUCAUGUGGGAGAUAUGCAGAAGACACUGUUUCUCCUCGGGCUGCAUUCCGUGGCGAAUAACAGACCGAUGUCCGCCAGUUGUUCUAAGACAUGCUGUUUCGAGCAUGAUCAAGGCAAACAAACUCCUGAUAGACGACCAUUGUGUUGCUGGUGCCACAAGACUUCCGACUCUUGAAGCAAGUGACUAUGGACACCUUGGAAAAGCGUCUUCCUGACCUCAGGCACCCUGGGUAGCUACGCCUACGCUUUCAAGUUUGUAAAGAUAAGGUAUAUAUUAUUAGUACUACUAAGUGGCGUGGCUGAAACACCAGCUUGCUUCUGCAAUGAAAGCAUGUUGCCGCAAACGC